GCCAUCCAUCCAUCCAUCGGGCCGGCCGGCCGUCGCCGCCGCCGACCCUCGAGCCCGGCCCCCGGGCCCCUGGCACAAAGCCUCGCGCCCCCUCCCCGGCUGCGAAUCUUGAGCACCCUGGGGCGCGCCGCUGGGAUGCCCCGAGGGGGCAGGGGCCCGGCGCCGCGCCCCAACUCCCCGCCCCCGGAGCGGCGACCCCUCGGCACGUGGGAGGGGAGCCAAGGGGGCGGGGAGUGAGGCCCCAGACCCGGUGGCGGGAGCCCGGCAGCAAGGGCGCGUGGGGGGGGGGGCCAGAGGCCGGCACCGCCCGCGAACCCGCUGCCCGGCCGAGCCCCCCAGCAACUGGCAGGAGGAAAUAGCGCGCGGCCCCUUUAAAUUUACCCAGGAGCCCUCCAAGGAGCCCCAGGGGCCCCAGGCAGGAAUCCCCACCCCGGCUCCAGCCCGCGCCGGCCGCCGAGCAGCGAGCGAGCCCCCCGGCCGCCGUCGCCGCCGCCGCCUCCCGAGCGGAGGAGGUGUCCCCGGCGCCGGGCCCGGCGAGCAGCCCGCGCCCGGAGGGCCGCCCGCGGCGCGCACCGCAGCUCAUGGAGCCCGGCGGGGACCCGCGGAAUCGGAGCGGCGGUGGCGGCGGCGGCGGCGGCGGCGGCAGUAGCGGGCCUGGAGCCCCCCGCAGCCGGCGCCCCCCGCGGGCCCCGGGCCCUGAAGACCAGGAGGCCGGAGGGCCGGAGCUGAAGCCAGAGGGCAGCGCCUUGGGGUCCCUCCCUUCCCCCCGGAGCAAGGGCCCUCCUUCUGGCCGGAAGUACUCGGACCACUGCGAAGCCCGGGCCUCCCGGCCCGGCAAGAGCCGAAUCCCGGGGCGAGACCAUCGGCGCUACUACCAUGACCACUGGCGGCUGGAAUACCUGAUGGACUUCAACCCGGCCCGGCACGGGAUGGUGUGCAUGGUGUGCGGCAGCUCCCUGGCCACCCUCAAGCUGAGCACCAUCAAAAGGCACAUCCGCCAGAAGCACCCCUACUCCCUGCACUGGAGCCCCCGGGAGAAGGGGGUCAUCAGCAGCAGCUGGGAUGCCCACCUGGGGCUGGGGGCCUGCGGGGAGGUGGGGGGGCCGGGGGCCCGAGGGCCCGACGAGGACGAGGAUGAGGACUUGGAGGAGGAGGAAGAGGAGGAAGGCCCCGCGGCCCCCCCAGCUUGCCUGCCCAAGGGCCCAGGCCGAUCCUCCUCGGGCAGUGGGGGUGGCCGGCGUCGGAGGCGCGGGGGCCCUUCUGCUCCCCGGAGGCCUGGAGGCAGUGGGGGGCUGGGGGCUCCCCGGAGCCUGGAGCGGCGGCUGAAGGAGUCCCUGCAGAGCUGGUUUCGGGCCGAGUUCCUCAUGGACUACGACCCGCGGGGCAACCGGCUGGUGUGCAUGGCAUGUGGCCGCGCCUUGCCCAGCCUCCACCUGGAUGACAUUCGGGCGCACGUCCUGGAGGCGCACCCCGGCUCCCUGGGGCUCACCGGCCCGCAGCGCAGCGCCCUGCUGCAGGCUUGGGGUACCCCGGCUGCGGGGCCAGCCCACCCCCCACCAGACGAGGACCUCGGCCCUCAAGACCUGACUCGAAAAGCCCAGGCUGCGCCCUCGGCUCCCUCUUCCCUGGAUCCCUCUCCGCCGGCCCCUGGGGCCCCUCGAGCGGGAGCGGCCCCCGCGGAGGGGGGAGCGGCGGCUGGGACUGCCGCGGGGCUGCCCCGGGGCCGCGAUCAUCGGCGCUACUACCAGGAGCGCUGGCGGCUGGAGUACCUGAUGGAGUACGACGGCGGACGCCGCGGCCUGGUGUGCAUGGUGUGCGGGGGCGCGCUGGCCACGCUCAAAAUGAGCACCAUCAAGCGCCACAUCCGCCAGCGGCACCCGGGCUCCACCGGCCUCAGCGGGCCCGUCAAGGCCCUCAUCGCCCAGGAGUGGAGCCGCAAGGCCACGCACCUGCUGGCCCUGGGGCUUCCCUUCCCCGAGCCCCCAGGGGCCAGGGGGCAGCCCAGCCAGGCCACCCAGGGCCAGAGGGAGGAGGAGGAGCCGCCGCCGCCGCCGCCGCCGCAGCAGCAGCAGCAGCAACAAGGGGGAGAAGAAGAGCCGGAGGAGGAGGAGGAGGAGGAAGAGGAGGAGGGAGAAUGGGCCGACCGCUCGCCCUCCGCAGAGGAAGAUGGUAGCGCCAGGAAGACUGAGGAGGAGGAAGGGGAGGACCACGCGGAGGAGGCGGCCGCGGCCCCGGCCCCGGAGCUGCGGGCCAGCAGCGCCCCGCCCCCGCCUCCUCCCCCGCCCCCGCCCCCACCGCCGCCUCCUCCGCGGAGCCGGGAGCAGCGGCGCAACUACCAGCCGCGCUGGCGGGGCGAGUACCUGAUGGACUACGACGGGCGGCGGCGCGGCCUGGUGUGCAUGGUGUGCGGGGGCGCGCUGGCCACGCUCAAGGUCAGCACCAUCAAGCGCCACAUCCUGCAGGUGCACCCCUUCUCCAUGGACUUCACGGCCGAGGAGCGCAAGACCAUCCUGGAGGCCUACGAGGAGGCGGCGCUGCGCUGCUACGGCCACGAGGGCUUCGGGCCGCAGGCGCCGCCCCCGGGGGCCCCCGACGGGGACGUGCAGCCCGGCGCUGUGUGCCGGGCAUAGCAGCGGCCCCGAGGGAGAGUCCCUCGCCCGCCCCGCCGCGCCCCGAGCUGGGGGGAGGGGCGGUGCUGCCCCGCCUCCGCGUCACCCCAGCCCUCCCUGCCCUGGCUUCUGGCCCUUGCUGUGACUCUUGCCCUCCAGCGGAGGAAGUCUGGCCGAGGCCCCGCCACGGCCCCCCUGGCCUGACCGCCUCCCUCCGGCCCGCCGUUCAGUGUUAGAGCCGAGGCCCCGCAGCCCUCUCUUUCCGCCUAGGGCGGGGGGCUUGGCCCAGGCCCCCCUUGCUCUGCUCGUUGCACAUGAUCCAGACUGGAUCCCCCCCCCCCCCCCCCGCCUCCCCCGGAGCGGGUUCUGACGCCCGCCUGGGGCCUGGCAUUCCCGCGGGCUCUCCCCAGCCCGAAGCAUGGCAGUAUUAGGACGGCCGAAUCCGCGUAGUAGCACUUUUUUUUUAUCCUCCCUUUCCUUCGGUCGGGGCUCGGCACCCCGUCGCUGGGCUCGCCCAGAGCGCCGCGCUCCGCCGGCUUCCGGCGGGCGCGGGCGGGGAGGUUUUAGGGAGCAUCUUCUAGGCAGGUCCAAGUUUGGAGUGUUUCGAUUCAUUCUCUCCUGUGGAGAAAAGGUGGCCCCGCAGCCGGCCCUCGCUCGGCGCUUCUUUUUUAUUUGAUUCGGAAACUUUAUUUAAUGCUUUUCUAUGGGGGGGGGGGGGGGAGCUGGCCGUCAGCCUUGUGUGCAAAUGUCUUUAUUUAUUAUUCGUGUAUCAGAGAUAAGCUGGGAGCUCCCCGGACGGGUGGGGGGAGGGGGAGGGGGAAGUGGAGGAAGGAGCAGGCGGGUUCCCGAAGUUCCUAGAACUCCCCUCCGCGGGAACCUGUCGGGACGGCUCUUUCCGGUCUCCCCCCAGCACCCUGGGAGGGGCUGCUGCUCAAAGUGGCGACUUCCUCGAGGUGGCCCCGAGGUCUCCGGCGGCUCUCCCGGUUCCCACGGCCUCCACGCCGCGCCUAAGAACAUCAGCUUCGUGGGCAAGGAGCGUUAGAGCCCGAGGAGCCCCCGGGGCUCGCGCAAGUGGCCCUUCCCGCUUCGGAGGGGAAGACCGCGGAGUUUAGGAACUGGCCCAAGGCGAGCUGCUCGGGCCGGAAGUAGCAGAAAGGAAGCACUUAGAGGAGCCCCGGAGGCAGCUCCCUCCCUUGGCACUCUGGGGGGUGGGAAGCUCUUUUUCGCGUGCUGCAUGCCAACCCAACACUGCCUCAGUAGCCCGAGCAGUCCGUGUGUCCAUGAACAUUCUAAGCGGUGUGCUUGCCCUGCUGGCUAACCUGUACGUGUUCCUCCGAAUCUAUAUUUAUAUGCCAGGUUACUCUUUAGUGACAUUAUCCGAACAUUUGUAUGCGUAUUUGUGAGGUGUUUGCAUCCGUUUUUUUUAUAUCCGCCUCCUAAGUUUUGUAAGAGAGGUAUGUUGAAUAAAUGCUUUCAAAAGGA